CUAGCACAGAAUACAGAUCAGUGAACAUAUGUGUCAAGUGUGUCUAUGAUUUUGACAAAACGAAUUGGAGGGUUAGGUGGAUGUAAAAUUCUAUUUUCUAAAUUAAAAAUACUGUACUCUGGGUGCGGACAGAGAGUUCCAUCAUGAGUGCAUUAAUGAAAGCGGCAGUUUCCCGCAGUCCUGCGUCACUGGCAUCAUACUUAUAUAGAAAUAUUCACGUGGCUGCUUCUGGUGCUACUUCUAAAGAUGCUUCAGUUACAACAAAUAUGACUAAAGCAUACACAGUAAUUGACCACAAACAUGAUGCAUUAGUUAUUGGGGCUGGUGGAGCAGGACUUCGAGCAGCCUUUGGUCUUGUCCAAGAAGGAUUUAAAACUGCUGUCGUAACUAAGUUGUUCCCUACAAGAUCACAUACUGUUGCUGCACAGGGUGGAAUUAAUGCUGCUUUGGGAAACAUGGAGGAAGACAGUUGGCUCUGGCAUAUGUAUGACACAGUUAAAGGUUCCGACUGGCUUGGAGAUCAGGAUGCCAUUCACUACAUGACUAAAGAAGCGCCUCAUGCAGUAAUCGAACUGGACAACUACGGAAUGCCAUUCUCCCGCACCCCGGAGGGAAAGAUUUACCAGAGGGCCUUCGGAGGACAGUCUCUCAAGUUCGGAAAGGGAGGACAAGCUCAUAGAUGCUGCGCCGUAGCUGACAGAACCGGGCACUCCCUCCUUCACACGCUGUACGGCCAAUCACUCCGCUACGACUGCGAAUACUUCAUCGAGUAUUUCGCUCUCGAUUUGCUAAUGGAAGACGGAGUCUGCAAGGGAUGCAUCGCCAUCAAUCUCGAAGACGGAACACUGCACAGGUUCCAAGCGAAGAAUACGAUCUUGGCCACGGGAGGCACCGGCCGCUCAUACUUCAGUUGCACGUCGGCGCACACCUGCACAGGGGACGGCACCGCCAUGGCCGCUCGAGUCGGUCUGCAGAACGAGGAUAUGGAGUUUGUGCAGUUCCAUCCAACUGGUAUCUACGGCGCCGGUUGCCUGAUGACCGAGGGUUGUCGUGGCGAGGGCGGCUUCCUGGUCAACUCGAAGGGCGAACGGUUCAUGGAACGUUACGCGCCCGUCGCCAAGGACCUGGCCAGUCGAGACGUGGUCUCGCGUGCUAUGACGGUUGAAAUUAUGGAAGGUCGCGGUUGCGGCCCGGAGAAGGACCACGUUCACCUACAGUUGCACCACCUGCCUCCCGAACAACUGAAGCAGCGUCUGCCUGGCAUCUCGGAGACGGCCAUGAUCUUCGCUGGGGUCGACGUCACUAAGGAACCCAUUCCUGUGCUACCGACAGUGCACUAUAAUAUGGGUGGUACUCCCACCAAUUUCCGCGGGGAGGUGAUCACGCACCGUGGCGGCGCGGACCGCGUGGUGGCGGGGCUGCUGGCGGCGGGCGAGGCGUCGUGCGCCAGCGUGCACGGCGCCAACCGGCUGGGCGCCAACUCGCUGCUGGACAUCGUGGUGUUCGGCCGCGCCUGCGCACUCACCGUGGCCGACACGGCGCGCCCCGGGGACCCGCAGCCGCCGCUCGCGCCCACAACGGGCGAGGCGAGCAUUGCCAACUUGGACAGCAUCAGAUACGCCAAUGGUUCGAUCUCUACAGCCGACCUUAGACUUAGAAUGCAAAAAUGCAUGCAGAAGAAUGCCGCCGUCUUUAGACAGAAGAGCACCUUGGAGGAAGGUCAACGUCAAAUUCACGAGAUCUACAAGCAGAUAAAAGACGUGAAGGUGUCCGACCGGUCCUUGAUCUGGAACAGUGAUCUAGUGGAGACGCUGGAGCUUCAGAAUCUUCUCAUCAACUCGGUACAGAUCGUGGAGGGAGCACUGGCGCGGGAGGAGUCGCGCGGAGCCCACGCCCGAGAGGACUUCAAGACCAGACGCGACGAGUACGACUACUCUAAACCUCUCGAGGGACAGAGUAAGUUGCCGUUCGAGCAGCACUGGAGGAAGCACACGCUCGCCGAGACGGACCCCGCGACCGGCGACACGCGCCUCACCUACCGCCCCGUCAUCGACCGCACGCUCGACGCCGCCGAGUGCAGCACCGUGCCGCCCGUCAUCCGCACCUACUAGCCGCCGCCAACACCGCAAGGCUACAUUGAAACAUUUUUGAACGUGAAUGACCAACGCGAGACCAACACAGCCCGACGUGCGGCGCCCGCCCGAUACUUCUUUAGUGUUCAAACGAAACGCCACUGUUUAGUAUAAAUGUUAUGUUAACAUUAAUAAUUUAUUUUUUAUUUAAGAUUUAAGUUUCACUAGUUCAAUCUCUGAAAUGUAAAUUUUUUAAUCUAAACUAUAAUAACAUUGAAAAUAAUUAUGUACAAAUGAAACAGUGCCAGAUACUCAAUAGUGUGCCAGAAAUAUCUAAAUACGAACGUGUAUCAUGAGAGUACACCAGCAGACUAUAAUUCAUGUAAACUAUAAACCGUUAAGACGGAAUGCGGCAUUUAUUGUGGUUUUUAAACGUUGUACAAAUUAUUACAGCAGCAUAUCUAUCUUAAGUACUUAAAGAAACAAUAAAGAAAUCUGUAUCAUCUAAGAUAAUAAUAAUAUGACAAUACAUGUUACUUUAAAAUUUUAACGACAUUAUUGAAUAGUUACAUAGUUGUGUAAGUUUUUACUCAGGAAAUAACGGAAAUAUUCACUGGUGUUUGUUCCUUUUAUAAUCUAAAUCCCAUAAAAAUCAGUUUGUAACAAAGCCAGGGUCGGAGCUUGUCCAGUUAAGCUUUUCGACGCUUACAGAUAUGUAAAAUGUUCAUGCGCUAAUUUUAUUUUGUAAAUUUUGAAUAUCGUUUCUCAGUAUUAUUUAUAGAUUAUAUAUAUAUUUGAAAUGUACAUACCCGCAACAUUAUAUGAAUCAGAAAUAAAUGUGAUGUAACUUUA